GGAGGCUACGUCGCUGCGAAACUCAGGUUUUUUAGGACUUGAGAACUGUACCUAGUGCUUUAAUAGACCUUAACCAAUUGUAGUGAUCAAAAAUGUUGCCCCAAAGCGUAACCGAUCGUUCCACAUCGCCCACCACAACUCAGGGAGUAAUAUUUGGAUCUCAGCUCGUCCAAGCCAACUCCAGAACUCCGUACAGCGAUGCAACGCAGACGAAGAAGCACAACCCGAACCACGUGAAGCGGCCGAUGAACGCCUUCAUGGUGUGGUCACAGAUGGAGCGACGCGAGAUCGUCAAGUUCGCGCCGGACAUGCACAACGCCGAGAUCUCCAAGCAGCUGGGGAAGCGGUGGAAGAAUCUGACGGAGGACCAGCGGCAGCCGUACAUCCAGGAGGCGGAGCGGCUGCGGCAGCUGCACAUGCAGGAGUACCCCGACUAUAAAUACCGGCCUCGCAAGAAGACAAAGUCCGGCAGCAGCGCCAAGUCGGUGGAGAAGGGGCGGGUCACCAAAGCCAAGGACAAGACGAGCAGCGCCGGCAGCACCGCCUUGAAGGCCGUCAAGCUGACCGCCGACCCGUCGCGGGCGCAGUUCACCACCGGCAUCUCCGCCAUCAACCACAACAAGCUCAAGCUCAAGCUCAAAAUCGACAAGAAGUUCAAGGACUCGAUCCGCAACACCAUGUACGUGCCCAUCUCGCAGUGCACGUCGCCGGCGGAGGUGCCCGCCACGCCCCACGAGAUGCCCGCCUCGCCCGAGAGCGCCUCCCUGUACGACAGCCACGUGAGCACCACCUCGUCCAGCAGGAGCAGCAGCCGCGCCGCGUCCACCAGCCCCUCGCCGGGAAAGGAGCCCUUCCUCUACGGCCUCUACACCAUCGAGAGCGCGCCGGGGCUCACCUCGCUGCGGCCCGAGUCGCUCGUGUCGUCCACCACCGUCACCUCGGCCGACGAUGACGACGACGAUGAUGACGACGACCACGACCACGACGAUAAGGACGACGACGUCGACACCAAGGAGGACGUGCUGCUGUACAGCCGGAAACGCCACACGGUCCGCGACGAGGUGUUCGCCCCGCGCCCCUUCCUGCACAGCUCCCUGUCGGCGUCCCGCGCCGCCGACCCUCCGCCCAUCAAGAUGGAGCCCCUGGACAUCAAGCAGGAGCCGCCCUCGGAGUCCACCCUGGCCGACCUGGACUCCCUCACCGACCUGCUGCAGAUGCCGACGGACUUCAAGGUCGAGGUGGACGAGAUCAACUCGGACCUUGACUUCGACGCCGUGUCGACGUCCUCGGGCUCCCACUUCGAGUUCUCCGACGUGUCGGACAUGCUGAGCGACAUCGGCGUCAGCAACGACUGCUGGGCCGACAUCGGCAUCAUCAACUGCUGAGCUCGCACGGCGCCCGGCAGCAGGAGACCCUGUUGCCCGCUGAGUUGAGUUUUUGAUAUUGCAAGGAGCCAGCAGGCGUGGCCAGCGGCCGACGCCUGCGGGCGACCAGUGACGCCGGGCUCCA